AUGUCGGUCCAGGACGAGAAGACGGUCUCGCCGCCCAGCGAGCGCACAGAAGAGGAGGGCACCGACGAGUUUGUGAACGAAAAGGCGCUGAUUCGCAAACUUGAUUGGCGACUUAUUCCUUCAGUCACCAUCUUGUACCUCCUUUCAUUUCUGGACAGGGCCAACGUGGGAAACGCCAACGUGGCCGGCUUGUCGAAAGACGUUGGACUUACUCCCAGCGCGUACUACACCGGACUCACCUUGUUCUUCGUGGGCUACGUUGUGCUGGAAGUGCCGUGGAACAUCAUCUUGAAGUUGACAUCGCCGCGCAUAUGGCUGCCAACCAUUACUGUCAUUUGGGGAAUCGUCUCUGCGCUUCAAGGUCUGGUAAGAAAUCGCGCCGGUUUUUGGGCGAUCCGAUUCUUCCUAGGCCUUGUGGAAGGCGGUCUCUUCCCGGGUGUCGUCUUUUACCUCUCAAUGUGGUAUGUCCGACGUGAACGCCAAUUCCGAGUGGCCCUCUUCUUUUCUGCUGCAGCAUUGGCGGGAGCUUUCGGAGGUAUCCUCGCCUUUGGCUUGUCCAAAAUCAAUGCUGGAGGAGAACACGGGUGGUCCUGGAUCUUCUAUGUGGAAGGUAUCAUCACCUUUGUUGUCGGUCUGCUAGCAUACUGGUUCAUCGAAAACUACCCCAGCACGGCCAGAUUUGUCACGCCCGCGGAAAGGAAGUUUCUUCAGGAUCGCCUCGCCGAAGAUUCGGACUUGACCGAGAACGAAGGGUUUACGUGGGCAAACGUCCGGGCAGGCCUGAGUGAUCCGAAAAUCUACCUGUACUCCUUUGGCUAUCACUUCUUGUCACUGCCUCUGUACACGAUUGCUCUCUUCUUGCCGUCGAUCAUCGAGAACCUCGGAUACAGUGCGGCCGAUGCUCAGUUGUUGACGAUUCCUCCGUACGCGCUCGCGGCAAUCCUCACGGCAGUGGUCGCGUGGGUGAGCGAGUAUUAUGGAAGACGUGCGCCUUUCAUAAUGGGAGCCAUGGUCAUUGCGAUGAUUGGUUAUGCCAUUCUUCUGGGCAACACCGAUCCAACGGGAAAGCCUGGAAUCUCAUACCUUGGCACUUUCUUCGCUGCUGCAGGAAUCUAUCCGGCCGUGGCUUUGGUGCUUUCAUGGCCGGCCGUCAACGUGUCGGGUCCAACGAAAAGAGCGGUCGCCAAUGCACUGCAAAUCACGAUAGGCAACUGUGGAGCAAUCAUUGGAACUCAAGUCUAUCGGACCCCUGACGCACCUCGCUUCGUGACCGGGCACUCGAUCGCGAUGGCGUAUUGCUUCACAGCCGCAUGUGUAGCGGGCUUGACGUGGUGGUACCUCUCGAGAGAAAACAAGCGCAAGGAGGCAGCUUUGCCAGGUGCAGGAGUUGAAGGGGGUGCGGGUGGAUUGAAGGGAGAUGAGGAUCUUAAAUGGCGGUUCAUGCGUUGA